UCUCCCCAGAGUUCAGGGAGGCGUGCACGCUCCCGUCCAGAUGCCUCUCACCUCGGUUCAAUCGCUGCUCGCCGGCUCCACGCCGUCCAAGGUCGACCCCGUCGUCGAGGCCUUCAACAAGAACUCGCGCUCUGCAAAGUUCUCCGCCAAGGAGGACAUCAACGAGAAGCAGCAGGAGAUUGUCGUCAACGCUUGCUCAGCCGCGCUCGUCCAGGAAGCCCUCAACACCAUGCCCGACUCGUACCUCGCGGACUCGGGCGCGCUGGUGGUGCGCUCCGGCGCCAAGACGGGCCGCUCGCCCAAGGACAAGCGCGUCGUCGCCGAGCCCGGCUCGGAGGACAACGUGUGGUGGGGCCGCGUCAACAUCAAGAUGACCGAGCCUGCCUUCAUGAUCAACCGCGAGCGCGCGAUCGACUACCUCAACACGCGCAAGUCGGUGUACGUGAUCGACGGGUACGCCGGCUGGGAUCCCGCCUACCGCGUGCGCGUGCGCGUCGUCUGCGCCCUCGCCUACCACGCGCUCUUCAUGCGCAACAUGCUGGUGAUGCCCGAGGAGCUGCCCGAGGACGAGCGCGAGGAGGGCGACUUCGUGCCCGACUUCACGAUCCUGAACGCGGGCGGCUUCCCGGCCAACCGGUACGUCGAGGGCAUGACCUCCUCCUGCUCCGUCGACCUCCACCUCGGCCGCAUGGAGAUGGUCAUCCUCGGCACGCAGUACGCGGGCGAGAUGAAGAAGGGCAUCCUCACGCUCGUCAUGUACACGAUGCCGCUCGCCAAGCAGCUGCCGCUGCACUCCUCGGCCAACGAGGACGCCGACGGCAACGUCACCCUCUUCUUCGGCCUCUCGGGCACCGGCAAGACCACCCUCUCCGCCGACCCGCGCCGCAACCUCAUCGGCGACGACGAGCACGUCUGGACCGACCGCGGAGUCUUCAACGUCGAGGGCGGCUGCUACGCCAAGUGCGUGGGCCUGUCGGCGGAGAAGGAGCCCGAGAUCUUCGGCGCGGUCCGGUUCGGCUCCGUCCUCGAGAACGUCAUCAUGGACCUCGACGCGCGCUCCGUCGACUAUGACGACAUCUCGGUGACCGAGAACACGCGCUGCGCGUACCCGCUCUCGUACAUCCCAAACGCAAAGUCGCCGGCGGUGGGCGGGCACCCGAAGAACGUGGUGCUGCUCACGUGCGACGGGUACGGCGUGCUGCCCCCCAUCUCCAAGCUCACCCCCGACCAGGUCAUCUACCACUUCAUCGCUGGCUACACCUCAAAGAUGGCCGGCACCGAGGAGGGCAUCACGAAGCCGGUCGCCGCAUUCUCCGCGUGCUACGGCGAGCCGUUCCUGGUGUGGCACCCGAUCAAGUACGGCACGAUGCUCGCUGAGCGGCUGAAGCAGCACGGCGCCAACGCCUGGCUCCUCAACACCGGCUGGGUCGGCGGCGCGGCGAAGGGGCGGCGCUGCCCGCUGCAGUACACGCGCGCGAUCGUCGACGCGAUCCACGCGGGCGAGCUUGCGAACGCGCACUGCGACACGGAGCCCUUCUUCGGGCUCAAGUACCCGACCAAGGUGAAGGGCGUGCCCGACUCGCUCCUCAACCCCGCCGCCUCGUGGGAGAGCCAGGCCGACUUCGAGGCGACCUCGAAGGAGCUCGCCGCCCUCUUCAACAAAAACUUUGAGCAGUACUUGGGCGACGUGCCCGAGGCGGUGGCGCAGCAGGGCCCCGGGCAGACCAAGAUGGCCUACCCCGCGGCCGCCGGCUCAAACAACUAGCGCCGCCGCCCGCCAGCUGGCCCGCGGCACGCGCGCGGCGCGCCCCGGCAGCCGGCAGCCGGCGCGGCUGUGCACAUGCCCUGUACUUUCCCUUCGGGAGCCGGUCUGCUUCUUCUAUUGUGGUCUCGUAUUUGUGGGCGCGCCGCGGGCGCCACGCGCCGCCGCUCCGACACAACGCUCUCGACGCCUUCCCCGCUCUCGUCUUUUGUGAGUCCGACUGUGUGGCCUUCAGUCUUCAGAGUGUGUUUAGCGUAGCUUGAGUGCAGGAUCGAGACACACUGCGGCUUUUGCCAUGGCUGUUUGGCGCUGAUGAUGGAGGCUGUCGGCACGAUCCGUCUACUGGACGCUCCACUCGGUUCUCACUUCCGCGUCAUUUCGCGUUUUUCUUUUCAAAAUUCCGUUUUCUAAA